AUGAAUGUAACGUUAUAUGGUAUAUAUGAUAUUACAAAUAACACUGUCUUAGGGAUAGGAGCUAAUGCCGUUGGGUUACAAGAAACUAUAGAUCAAGACGAAUUAUUCAUGAAUGAAGCAGAUCGAUUCAUUGUUACGCCCUUAAACGAUACGAUGACAUAUAUAGAUAUAAAUUGGUGA